AUGUUGUCAAAUGUUGAUGAAAUAUAUUUAAAUGAAUCAAUUCCAUCAUCAUCAUCAAUUCCAACACAUUUUAAUAUGUUAAAUUCUAAUGAUUAUAUUCUUGCAUAUUCAUUAAUUAAAAAUUCUAUUGUACAAAUGAAACGAUUAAAUAAUAAUGAAUUAGUAAAUUUAGCAAAAUUUAAUCAAGAAAAACUCGCAUCUCAUACUAAGAAUCUUCAUAUACGUGGACCGAAAUCAAUUCGAUUAACAUGUCCUAUAUGUGGUCUAAUAACUGUUUCAAUGGAACGUUUACAAAAACAUAUUAAUCAACACGGACAAAUAUUACAUUUAGAAGCUUAUAAAUUUGAAAAGAAAACUUCAUCAUUAAGUUGUCCAAAAUGUAAAGCAACAUUCUCAUCAGUUCAUGCUUUAAGAAAACAUCAACGUGUACAUACACAAGAUAAACCAUUUUCAUGUGAUUUUUGUGGUUCAAAGUUUUCUCAAUGGGGAAAUUUACGACAUCAUAUACAACGACAUCUAGGUAUUAGUCCAUAUGCAUGUCCGUAUUGUAAGAAAACUUUUAUUGCACCAUGCAAACUUGAAGUACAUAUACGUGGUCAUCUUGAUGAACGACCAUAUGUAUGUGAUCGAUGUCAAGCAACAUUUCGUUGUAAUGAUGAUUUACGUAAACAUUUAGUCAUUCAUGCUGAUUAUAAGCCAUUUGUUUGUUGGUUAUGUACAAAAGAAUUUUUUCAUGCAUCGAAAUUACGUAUACAUAUGAAGGAAAAACAUAAAUUAGAUGUAGUAAUUAAGAAAAAAGAUGUAUUAGAAUCUGGUACGGAAUAUGAAAUAACUAUUAAUAAUCAACAAAAUAAAGAAAUUUUAAUUGAUGAACAAAUAACAAAAGUUUUAUGUGAACCAAUUGUUAGUACAACUGAAAAUUAUCAAUUAUUAAAUGAAAUAAACAUGAAUGAUAUUGAAACAUAUGUUUUAUCAGAUAAUGAUUUUCAAAAUAGUAGUCAAGAAUAUCAUCAUAGUCAUUUUGAUGAUUUUAAAUUCAUCGAUUUUCCGGUUAUUUAA